AAACUUUUAUACAACAUUGUAUUUGCCCUCGGCUUCAUUUCAUUUUUCACUUUCUCUCGGCAAGAUCAACAUAAAGUCAUCACAAUGCAGGUCAAAGGCGUAAUCAUUGCUCUUCUGGGCAUCUCUGCCAUUACAGAAGCUGCUGUUGUCCAAAAACGACACCCCCUGGCUCGCGCUCUCCAACGACGACAAUUCGGCGGCGGUCGAUUUGGAGGUGGUGGCCGUGGAGGAGGCGGUGGCGGCAACAACGGUGGUCAGGGCAACAAUGGCGGAAACAACGGCGGCCAGGGCAAUAAUGGCGGCAACAAUAAUGGCGGCAACAACGGUGGUAACAACGGAGGCGGCGGUGGCGGCGGCAACACUCUGGACGCCAACGCCGUGCAAACUGGUUCGCAGCAAGAUGGCAACAACCCCGGAUCGGAUGAGCAAGCUGCCUCAGCAACGGAUAACAACAACUUCAUCAACUUCUGUGCUGGUCAGACACUUACCAAUGGAGAGCAAAACCGAGACGGCUCAUGUAACGGUAUUCCUAUGGGAAAGAUUCCUGGAGCCAACAACAUGGUUUCUUCAGUCUUCACAUCGCCUCAAAACGGUGACAACGUUGAAGCCAAUCAAGACUUUGAUAUCUCCGUGCAGUUUAUCAACUUUGCACCUGGCUCGUUCACUAAUGCAACAACCACCUACUAUUCUGCUCCUCAGGACCUCGACGGUGGUGGUAACAUCAUCGGCCAUACCCACGUCACUGUUCAGGACACUGGCGAUAGUCUGAACCCUACUCAGCCUUUGGACCCUCAGCAGUUUGCCUUCUUCAAGGGUAUCAACGAUGCUGGUAACGGCCAAGGUCUCCUCACCGCCAAGGUUGACGGCGGUCUGCCUGCCGGUAACUACCGUAUCUGCAGUAUGUCUGCCGCAUCCAACCAUCAGCCUGUCCUCAUGCCUGUUGCUCAGAGAGGAGCACAGGAUGACUGCAUCCGUAUCACCGUCGGAGGUGGCAAUGGCGGCAACAAUGGCGGCAACAACGGUGGCAACAACGGAGGUCAGGGUGGCCAGGGCGGUAACAAUGGAGGUAACAACGGAGGUCAAGCUGGUGGCCAGAACGGCGGCAACCAAGGUGGCCAAGGCGGUGAUCAAAACGGAGGUCAGGGAGGUGAUCAGAACGGAGGCCAAGGCGGUGGCCAGAACGGAGGAGACCAAGCUGCUGAUGCCGGCGGUGACCAGAAUGCUGGCGGCCAAGGUGGUGAUCAGAACGGAGGUCAAGGCGGUGGCCAGAACGGAGGAGACCAAGCUGCUGAUGCCGGUGGUGAUCAGAACGGAGGUCAAGGCGGUGGCCAGAACGGAGGAGACCAAGCUGCUGAUGCCGGUGGUGAUCAGAACGGAGGUCAGGGAGGUGAUCAGAACGGAGGCCAAGGCGGCGACCAAAACGGAGGCCAAGGCGGCGACCAAAACGGAGGUCAAGGCGGUGACCAGGGCGGCCAAGGUGGUGACCAGAAUGGCGGCGGUGGCCAGGGUGGUCAGGGUGGUCAGGGAGGUCAGGGUGGCCAAGGCGGUAACGGAGGUGGUUUCGGCCGCGGCGGCUUCGGUGGUUUCCAGGCGGCUUCAGCAGGGGGUGAGUCUGGCAACAAGACGGCCUCAGCAGCAUGAAGACUAUGACUGGUUAUCAAAGAGGGAUAGACAGAGCCAUUCGACUUGGCCGUGGCCCUGGCGGUUUUCGGUGUGAGUAUCAGUGGUGGUCCCUAAUUCGAGAAUACUAUUUCGCUCGAACAAGGACAGUAAUCAGGGUGGAGUUUGGGUGUCUGCCUAGUUAGAAUGGUUUUGGGUUUACAUACAUCUAUGGACAAUAGAUGAUGGAUGGAUAUGAGCUGGAGGUGAAUGUACGUCAAGA